GGUUUGCCCUGCACCAUGACUUGCGGACACAUCGUGGUGGUGUUGGUGGCUCUUAUGAGCGCUUGUGUGGUUAUUACUGCGGCAGAUGAAGUCUCUGGCUGCUCUGGUGUGAUUACCAUCCCAUCCACCCUCAAGGGCGCCCCUAAGGGCGCCUUUGACCUGUCGACGGUCUCGAUCGUGGCGCGCGACCCGUCGGGCGUUGCGGCUGUGUCGGUUCCGGUGGCGCCGACGGGCUACUUCUUUGUGCCUGCUGCUGACCUCGCCCAAGCACCGCUCCACAUGCUGCACGCGGACGGCCCGUCCGGCUGGCACUUUUCGCCGGCCAACGGCGUCCGGGUUGCGAUCUCGGCCGACGGCGUGUGCAACGGCGGUGACGACGUCGUUUUCUCGUUUGACGGCUUUGGCGUGUCCGGCACGGUCGGCGUCGAUGAGGCGUGCCCGGCACCAGGCUCGCUCGCGGGCACUAAGGUCUCGCUCAUCAACACGGCCACCGGCGCGCGUCUCGGCUCGGUCCGCGCUAGCGUGGACGGCUCGUUUGCCUUUGCUGGUGUUCCGACGGCGAGCUACUCGCUUGUUGCCGCUCACGACACCAUGGCAUUCUCGCCCAACGAUGGCGUCGUUCCGGCCGGCAAGCUCGAGGUUGGCUACGAGUCGAUGGCGCUCACUGGCGACGCGCUCCUAGCCACCGGCUUCACCGUCUCUGGCGCUGUCGCCGGCUCUGGCGGCUCCGGCACGGCUGGUGUUGCUGUUGUUGUCUUUGGCGCGGCCUCUGCCGCCGCCUCGACACAGUGCCAGCCACUGACCACGCUCGACAAGCCGCUGACCGAGGAGGAGCUGGCGGCUCUGGCGCCGGCAGGCGGCGCGUUGUCUGUCGUGUGCGUCGGCGCCACCGACGACGACGGCAAGUUUGCCUUCCGUGGCAUCCCCUGCGGCGACUACGUCCUCGUUCCGCACCACUCGACGGCGCAGGCCUCGUUUGACCUUGCCCCGACCUCGCUCCCGGUCGCUGUCACCGGAACGCCGGCCGUCAACCUCGGCGCGGCAUUCAAGAUCACCGGCUUUACCGUCACCGGACGCGUGGUCAACGCCAAGGGCAAGGGCGUCGCCGGUGCUACCGUGACGCUCGACGGCGAGCACGCGACUGUGACGGGGCCUGAUGGCUUCUACGCCAUGACCAAGGUCGCGGACGGCUCGUACGAGCUGGCCGCCGCCAAGGAUGGCGUGUUCUUCACCUCGCUCCAGGCACUCGCGGUCUCGUCGGCAACGCCCAAGCUGGCCAAUCUGGUGGUGACCGGCUACGCUGUGUGCGGCUCGGUCGAGCUCUCGGCCGACUUUGCCGCCGCCGGCCGUGGCGUCAAGCUUGCUUCGGCCGACGGCGCCGAGGUGGAGCGGACCGUGGUCAAGGCCGACGGCUCGUUCUGCUUUGAGGCUGCGCCGGGCGCCUACGUCGUUUCUGUCGAGGUCUCGGCAGCCGACGCCGCCGCUGGCCUCGUCAUCCUUCCGAGCACCGCCACGGUGACCGUCGACGACGCCGUCCCGGCGCGUGUUGUGUUUUCGCAGAGCACCAUCGAUGUCCGCGGCACCGUCGCGUGCCUCUCGACCCCGUGCGCCGCCGGCGUGACUGUCUCUGCCUCGCCCGGCGGCGCCGUCGCCACCGUUGCGCCCUCGGGCGAGUACACGCUCGCCCGCGUCCUGCCCGGUGAGUACACGCUCACCGUCGCCGCACCCGGCGACGCCUGGUGCUUUGUCGACGAGUCGGCGCCUGUGGUCGUCGCUCGUGACGCCGCGAGCCCGCUCGCCGGGCCGACCUUUGUCCAGCGCGGCUUCAAGCUCGUCACCGUCGCCUCGCACGACAUGGUCCUCGAUGUUACCCACGUGGCGUCGGGCGAGGUUGCUUCCGGCUUUGAGGUCACCGCCGGCGAGGCCGAGACCUGCCUCGCCGAGCCCGGCAUCUACCGCCUCGCCUCUUCGCCGGCAUCGUGCUUUUCGCUCGGCAGCCAAGUGAGCUUUGACACGGCCGCCGACGCCGGGUCGCCUCUUGCGCUCACCGCCACGGCCGUGGCGGUGACCGGGCAGAUCACCGUCGCCGACACCCUUGGGGCGGAGCUCACGUCGGUUGCCGUUGCCGUCUCCGGCAGCGCCGCGGCCGACACGGUGGUCACGGCAACCCGCGUUCCGGGCAGCGACGCGUUUGGCUACCGGGUGCUCGCCAAGUUUGGCGCGGGCGCCGAGCUUGUUCUCGCGCCGCAGCCGACUGGGGUGCUCCUGUUCAAGCCUGCGUCGCGGACGGUGGUCGUCGGCGCGGGUGCGACCAAGUGCCCGCCGGCAGUCGACGGCUUUGCCGCUGUCCGCGGUAUCUACCUCUCGGGUGCGUCGACGCCGGCGAUGGCCGGCAUCUCGGUCGCGGCCCUCACCUCUGGAGCCGCGAUCGCCACGACCGAGACCGGCGCCGACGGCAAGUUCACGCUCGGCCCGCUCUUUGCCGACGAGGCGUACACGCUGACGGCAGCCAAGGCCGGCUUCCACUUUAAGAUCAGCCAGGCUGGCGCCGACGGCGAGUACACGCUCAAGUCGGUCCAGCUCGGCUCGCUCGCGGUCUCGACCGACUCGGUGGGAGGCGUCCUGCUCUCGCUCUCGGGCGACGAGUUCCGGUCGAACGUCGGCUCGGACGCCGACGGCACCAAGGUCUUUGACGAGCUCAUGCCCGGCGAGUACUACCUCACUGUGGCCAUGAAGGAGUACGAGUUUGAGCCGCGGGCGGUGCAGGUGACGGUGGUCGAGGGUCAGCAGGCGGAGGCCGCCUUUGGUGCCACCCGCGUCGCGUGGUCCAUCUACGGCUCGGUGGCGGCGCUCUCGGGCGGCGCGGUCCGCGGCGCGCGAAUCGAGGCCAAGUCUGCCGACGGCGACGUCGUCGAGACGGCUGUCACGUCGGCCACGGGUGCGUUCCGGCUCCGCGGCCUCGCGCCGGGCGCCGAGUACACCGUCGCCGUGGUCAGCGAUGACGGCCUCGCGACGCUUCCCGAGUCGAUGACGGUUGCGCUGGGCAAGGCCGACGUGACCGGCGUCGAGUUUGUCACCGCACCCACAGUGCAGGCCGGUGCCAUCUCGGGCAGCGUCGGUGGAGCCGGGAACGUCGCCGGCCUCGCCGUCCUCGUCUCCGACGCCAAGUCCGGUGCCGAGGCCGCACGCGUCGCCCUCGACGACACCCGCUACUUUUACCUCGGCGACCUCCCGCUCAAGCGGUACGACGUUUCCCUGGUCUCGGGCGCCGGGACUGAGCUCGGCGAGGUCAAGGUCGACCUCGGGCGCGGGACCGGCGGCGCGCUCGUCCCCCACCCGCUCGUUCGCCAGAUCGAGAUCGGCUUUGACUGGGCCGCCACCGAGGCCGCCAUCGCAGAGGUCUACGAUGGCGAGAUCGACGCCGCGCCGUUCUUCUUCCUCAGCAUGGGCAUUGUUGUGGGCAGCGCCGCAGUCUGGGGCCAGCAGCUGCGCAAGUGGUACAGCGACGUGGUCUUUGUGCCGCAGCCCGAGUAGUACACACACUCUCUCUUCACACACA